GGGGAAAUUCGGCAAUUUGGGUGAAAAUUGUCGAAAUUUUCAAACUUCGUGUAUGGCGUCGUCACUCUUCACCCAACCGGGGUGACUGGUUGCCAGGCGCAUAACGCCGCGUGAUUUAAAUAGCUGGACAUUUAAAUGCCUUCACUGCGGACACGCCCUCUUAUCCGCUAAGCUUUGUUUUCCUUGUAUUUCUUUCGUUUUUUCUGCUUUUUUCGGAAUUUUUCUGAUUGAUAGCGGUGUACGAUACUCUGGGUCUGUCUGGUGAGGAGUGGGAGCAGGUGGCGUGCCGCAUGGCCUUGGGCUCAGUGCGUGAAAUAAGACGGGAGUGGAAGUACGUACUCUCUUCACGUCAUUCUCUAUCUUCCAUGGUGAUGACUUUUGUGCGUUUGUUUUGUCGUACCGACUAUAGUAAGUGACAAUGCCACGUACGAGUGCAAAAAGAAAGUCGAAAAGUGAAGCAGGCCGCCAGAAUAUAUUGAAAAGGUGGAAGAAAUGUGACGAUACGCAUCAGCCACCCUCCCAGGAGGGUGUCAAAGAGUUCACAGCAUAUACGCCACGGAAAGCAGUAAAGAAGUCAAAGAAGAAAAGCAAGACAACACCUGGCCCUGAUUACCAGCCUGGUAAUUUCCAAACAAACUGUCCUGGCAACAAUGAGGUGAAAUGGGGCGAUGAAGACGAGGUGUUUCCGUACGUGUGGCUCAGAGACAACUGCCGCUGCCCCGCCUGUUUCCACGCUGCAUCGUAUUCCAGACUCUCUCUGAUGGCGGACAUGGAUUUGCAGGUUCAACCAAAAAGUGCUGAAAUCUUAAGUGGAGGAAAACAGGUGGAGGUGGUGUGGAGGGACGGUCACCGCAGCGAGUACGAGGCAGAAUGGUUACGACUCCGCGGCUUUAGUGAAGCUACCCGGCGGGCACGAGCCAGCCGCUUCAGACUAGAACGUAAGUACUGGGGCUCCGAGUUAAUGGAUAACCUGCCCGAGGCAUCAUUUCAAGAGGUGAUGGAGGACGAUGCCGCCUUGCUGGAGUGGCUGCGGCGCCUAGAGGUGUUCGGGUUCGUCAAGGUGAACGGGGCACCAGCGGAGCAGGGACAGGUUCGCCGCCUAGCUGAGAGAAUCGGUUUCAUCAGAAAGACUCAUUAUGG